UAUAAUAAUACAACUUCACAAAAUAUUUCUGAUAGUUUUACUGAUAAUAAUUCUGAUGAUAAUGAUAAUAGUACAAAUGAAUCACUAAUGUUAGAUUCAGCCAAUUCAAAAGAACCAAUUUUACAAAAUAUUGCUGACAUUAAAACUCGAUAG